UGUUAUAGCGCAAGCGCUCAACGAGUCGCGAGGCCUGCAUGAUCGUUUGCAAAGUUUGGAAAGGAUUUUCUUCUCAAUUUCCCCUUUUCUCGGUUUCUUACCCGCCCCUACACCCUCCCAGAAAAACCAAGAUGCCUUAGAAAAGUCUCAGCAUAAUUGAGAGGGAAGUAUUUCGUAGCGUGAAUGGACAAAGCUUCGUAUGAAGAUGUACCCUUGUCGCAAAGAGCUUGUUGGUAAACGGUUUCUGUGUGUAGAAGAAAAGAAUUCUCAACGGUCAAAAUCAAGGUCUAGCAAACCAUCCAAUCCAUUAGACUACCCAUGGAAGAGUGGUAUCAUUAGAGCUUGUACGGAGAAAGAGUCAGAUCAUCCAGAACUGAAGGUUCUGGUAGAAUAUGAUGGUGAGGAAUGGACUACUAGAGAAUGGCUUGCUGUCUAUACCAAAUCCUGGAAAUUUUUUCUGGUUGAAAAAACUCUUGUUUGGGCUCAGCGACUUGAUCCAUCCAAUCAAAGUAGUCCAAUGCUUUGGCCAGCACUUGUUUUUGACGCCCUUAUUGAUAAGCAAGGGCUGGAUGGUAAAGCUGCCCCUGUAGAGUUCCUUGGUGAUCGUGUUCGGUCUAUCUGCAGUAGAGCUGAAAUGCGAUCCUUUCAAGAUGAUGAUGGCUUGCAACGUGCACUGAGAAACAACAAAGAUGUGGUUGAAGAUCUUAAAGCAUGGCAGACCUUGCAGAAAUCACAGGCGAUCCUUGUCAAUGGUCCUUUCACUCUCACUGGUUUUAGAGUUCAAGUAUACAGGGAAAUGUGCAGGCAGUGGUUCUCAGCUGUGAUUACAGGUCAUGAUCUCAUUUCAAGGGAGCUAAAUGUCAUGGAUGACACAGUAUUACAGACCCAUUGUAUUGAUCCAACCCUAGUGAUGGUACAGCUUCUUGUGAAUGAUGAUGAAUUGGAAAGUUUGCUUCGUGGUGAACAAGUUAGAGUCCUCCCUGCAAGAAGGCAGCGCCAGUCACAUGUUGUCCUAUCCUCUUCUCGCAUGACUCCUUCUCCCUCAGCCUCAUUCUCUUCUAGUGCAUCUAUCUUGAAGUCUUUUUCGGGGAUAUGGGGAGAACCAUCAGAUAUUUCACACCAGCAAGAAGACUUGUGUCAACAUAACCCGUCUCCGUUACAGUCAACAUCCUUCCUCAAGACAGAGAAAGAUCCAGUAAAAGUAUUAAAAAGAAGGAAAAGUAAUACCUCAAGGAACAGCAAGAGACGAAAUAGCAGAGAAGUUAUGAAAGAACCAGUCAAAUUGGAAUCCGCUUCCUCGAGUGACAAUGAAACAAGGAAACCACAUGAUCCAGACAAAUCAUCUGUAGGAAGAAUCCCAGAUGGCGAACAUUUAAGGCCUGGGUGUAGUUACUACAGAGGUUCUCCCCCUUCCUCGAGGCAUUCUCACUCGUCUUCUCCGACAUCUAGUUCAACUUACCCCUCACCCUUUGGCUCUACAGAAAGCCCCUUUCAACCGAGAGUUUUGCAAAACAUUUCACCACAAAGACAAUUCGCAUCUCCUCAAAGAUCCCUUGGAGCGAGCCCUGUUUCACAUAGACAUACACCGGUAGAUAAACACACAUCUCCACAGCAUCUGAGCCCACCUAUAAGACCAUCUUCACAGAAAUCUUCACCUCAGAAAUUUGCAACCAGCUCUCCGUCAUCUGCAUCACCGUAUAAUGUCAAUUCAAUGAGUAGCCCCCAGACACCCCACGGCUCAAUAAGUGCACAUCUCUACAGCUCACUCCCAGGAGGGGCAGGAUUUCCCUCUCACCCCCUGAUGGGUUUAUAUGCGCCUCCCAGUCUGCACUCACACUCGGCUGAAUCUGGCAUGACGGCAGCACAACUUUACACUCUGCAGCUUCAACAACAGCAGCAUUUGCAGCAGCAGCAGCAGCAGCAGCAACGAUUCAACCAUCGGACCUCACUAGGUUCUAAUCAGUACAUCAUGCAGAUGUACCAAUUGCAGUCCAUGGCGGAGCAACUGCAGGCAACACAGCGUGGAGAACUAAGCCAACAGCAAAUUGACUACCUGAAUCGCAUGCACAUUCAGUUAGUGGGCGAGUAUCAGCAGGCACAGAUGCUCGAACACUACCAGGCAUCUGCGGCUUUGUCUGAAGAGAUGAAACUUGUUCAGGAACACUUUCAGAAGCAGUCGGCUAGCUCCUUCACGCCGCACGCUUUUGUAGGAGAAGCUUUUGACCCCGAACAGUACAAGCUGCUGCUGUCCGGAGGUGCUCCAUCUCCAACUAUGAACAUGGAGCAGCUCCAGACACUGUAUGCCACGUUUGUGCAGCAGUCGGCAGCACAGUCAGCACGAGCACUGGAGAAGGCUGAAGAGGCCAGCAGCCACGAGGCAAGACUUAGACGCUACAUGCAGGAGCACAAGGAAGAGCUCAAGUCCAUGCAGUCACAUGGUGGUGAGAUGUUGAUGGCAGUGCGAGCUGCCGCCAUGGCCGAUAGACCAGCCUCCUCAUCUUCCACCAUCCCGACCUCCACUGCCCUGCAUAGAUCACCACCAGCUAAGGUAUCACCCAAGCCCUCCAGGUCAGCGUCUGCUAGCUUAAAGCUGUCGCUCAUGGCUGAUAACUCCAUCCCUGUUGAACUGAAGAAAGAGGAAAAUAAGACAGAUGAUCAGAAGGCUGUGGCUGCUUUAGUUAAUUCGCCGUCAGGCCUACCAUCCCCAUCCGCAAGGAGUGUGAAGCCGGAUUUCAAAAGGAAGAGUCCUGCUUCUUCUGAAAAAUGCACCGAGAAAUUAUCACCUCGAGACAACAAAGCCAAGGAAAAACUAAACGGGCCAUCAAAGCAAAGACAAGACACAUUAGGUACCAAAACUAGUAAUUACGACCAUAACACAGCUAAAAAAAAUACACCCAAAGCUACAGUCCUGGAAGAAUCGGCGAGUCUUACAUCAGCAAAUAGACGCGGGUUACCAGUAUCACUAUAUAGCUCUAACACGGGCAAAACGCCCGACUCUUGCACUGAGUUAAAGGGGAGUGACAAACACAAUGAGGAGCAGUCUGGUAGAAUGUUGGCGGAAAGAGAUCUUUCGCCGUUUUCAGUGGACAGGCUACUGGAAUUCCAUAAAACAUCAGCGCAGGACGCGAUCAAAGUUCUUUAUGAGCCACAUACGCUGACAAGCAAAGAACAAGUGAUAGAACAUAAGGCUAAAAGGAAACGGAAAAGUGAGAAGGCUAAAGGCAAAGGAAAAGGAAGUAAUAGCAAGCCGUCGGCAUCACCUCAAAAUGUACCCAACGAGAAGCAGCUAACAGAUGAUGAAAUGUCUAAGUUACAGGGUCCUACACGAGCCUUAAUGGAACAUGAUGGGCUUGGGAAUGAACCGUAUUCGUCUGAUUCUCAAGUAGCAGCUACCAAGAAGAGUUCCAAUACUUCGGUUAACAAGAUUGUACUCACCCCAGUGAAGUCGUUAAAUUUAACUCAUUCUACCAAAGCGGAUUCAGAGCUAAAAUCUCCAAAGGUAACCAGUAUACACACUUCGCAUGAAGAUAGUAAGGUCAUAUCAACGUCAUCCGAUCAUUCUUCCAAGAAAUCUUAUCUAGGAAUAAAAUCUUCAUUAAAACCCAGCGUACGCACUUCACACACGACUGAUGGGAUAAUAUCAGCAAUGCCGUCUAAGGAAUCUUCCAAACCUGAUGUAUCGGUAAGGUCUUCAGGAACUUCCAGGGUGCCUUCCUCAAAAAAAGCUGACGAAAUUUUAUCAAUGUUUGACGACCAAUGCUUUUUGAAUACUAAAGCUGCAGAGAAGCCUGGGGACCCUGCUAGAGCGGUAGAUCUUUCUAGGACCCCAUUAAGUAGUUUUCCAGCCAGUCACAUAGAAAAUACCCAAGUAAACUGUAAAACACGUACUCCAGGCAUCACCGCACAGGAAGAUCCUCCUAAGUCCACCUCCCCUCCUGUUCCUGUCAACUUUGUACCAGACAAUGCGGUCCUGAAUCUUAGCACCCAUGAGACAUUUCAUAAAAGUCGCGAAGAAAUUCCGAUCAAGAAGAUGGAGCCAUGUGAACAGCCUCCGCCAAAGAAAAUGGCCAAGCGGAAAAAGAAAGAGAAAUCGGAGUCUGAUGAUAAAGUGAAACCACACGUUGAUGGUGGAGAAGAUGAUGAAACCAAGAAAAAGUCUCCAAAGAAAAAGAGAAAAACUUUGAAUGGUACUGAUGAGAAAAAGGAAAAACGCAGACGGAAAAAGAAAGUUUGGCCUGAUUUCGAAACUGGAUCUGAGACUGAGGUACAACAGAGAAAAAUACAGUUUCACAACAUUAGAGGAGAGGGGGGGAAGUUUGCCCCAAAGACUCCAAAAACGGACUCUUCUUCGGACUUAUCGAUAAAUACAAAGGGAGGUAAUAAUAAAUUGAAUUUUGGACAAUUUGGGGUGGUUCCUAAAAACGUGGGUAAUAACAUUAACAUGUACGAAGGGAAUGCGGCUACUGACCAAAGAACAAACGAAAGCCAAGUCUUGUCAGGCACACCGACUUCUGUGAGAAUCAGUGAAGCUAUUGUUGUCAAGCAUCUUAGAGUAAACGAUUACACACCUCAAGGGACUUUGACAACAUUACAGGCUGUAGCUAAGAUUGCUGAAAGAUCAGGUCAAACCGUCGGAGAAAAAGCACCUGCAAAACAAGGAAACGAAACAACGAAAGUACUAGAAAAGGAAACAGUAAGUAAACCAGAAAUCGUGGUAGAAAAUGCGGUUGAGGCAUCUUCUGAAGAUAAAGAAGGGACUUCGGUACUCGGAGAGGAGGGAUUAACACCAAAAGUAGUGGAAGCCGCUACCAUAGUGACGGUAACGGCGGAGACAACGGACCAAGACGAUGGGACGGCUGACGAGGAGAAGCCACUGAUCGAGUUGAUAGGAAAAAUCUCCAAUGAGAAGCGAAAGAAUUUGGAAAAGCCACGCAAAAGAAAGAAAAAGAAAACUGAAGGUGAAGAUGCUAAACCUCAGGAGAAAAGAGCGAAGUCAAAGGAACCGAACGAGGAAUUCUUUAUCCAGAAUGGCGGGUGUGUGAAGUUUCCUAAACUUCCCCGAUGCCGAGACUGUCGCGACAAAGACGACAAGUCACCUUCGGACUGCUGUCGCUUUAACAUGUUUAGAAGGUUGAAGAGAAAGAAGAGGUCAGGGCGUAUCCACAUGGCUGGGUUUCUGAUGCCCGAACACGCGGAACCGGAUGACUUCAAGCCUUGGGUUGCAAACGCUGAUGUUCUGAGCGAGCUGACUAAGGAAGAAGCCAUGUACAUACUGAAGCGAGUCGGUGAUGAAUUUUGCUCGUUGGUUCAGGAAGAGAAAGAGGCGAAGGUCCACGCUAGCUCAGGAGUUGAGAUCGCGUACAAACGUGCCGUGCUCGGGGUAAGGGAGAUGUGUGAUGCAUGUGCCACGACGAUCUUCAAUAUCCACUGGGUGUGUCAGAAGUGCGGAUUUGGAGUUUGUCUCGAUUGUUACGAGCUCCGUGUACAGGAGAGGAAAGAGAAAAUGGAGAAUGGGAUCGGCGGAUUCGAGUUCAAGUGGGUUAACUGCGCUCCCGGCAUUUGUCAUUUUCCCAAGAAUUUGACGAUAGCACAGAUCAUUCCAAGACAGGUAUUGUUAGACCUCGCCGAGAAUCUGCACAAGACCCGCAUAAAGUGGAAGAUCAGUGAUGGCUGCCCCUGUCACUACCAACCGGAGGACGAUGACCGCACCCAAGGGCUGUCCAAAGAAUCUGAUGGGCGUAAGAGUGGGGCGGUACCUUUCUCGGAGACUAUCCCUUCAGUCGGACACGCCCAAGUCGGGGAAGGACAGGAUGUUCCGAAUAAGGAACCUAUGACGGUGAAGGAACUGAUUAAAGAAAAGAUUAGGAGUCGCGAGACUAGUAGAACGAAGAGUGAAGGGCAAGAUAGUCCAAAACCUGCUGAGGCGCAAGAGAGACCCUCUAGCGACCAUCGAGUGGCUAGUAGUGGGAUCACCGCUACUGGUAAGAUCCCUGCGCCUUGUCCGGCGGCAAACCAUGUUUUUGCUGGGAAGGGACAGGUGAUGAAGCAGGAUGGAGGGACGAGCGAGGGACAGACCAGUGCACCUGAUUCAGUAAGCUUGGACGAGGACCAAAGAGACGCCAGCGGAGAAGCACUGAACACAUCCAGCGGUCUAAAGCUUCUCAUGAGCUACAACUCCUCUCCGGAUGACUCCCCGUCUGGUACCCCGGCGGCUACCACGACCAGCCUUGCAUCCUCCACCAGCAAAGCGGCAGGGAACGUAUUCGACUUUAAUUUAGACUUGCUGGCUCUUGUUGCUUGCAAGGAACAGAACAGAGAUAAUGAAGGUUUUUCAAGUGCAGGCGCUAAGCCGUAUGGGUCGGAGAGAGAGCCUGUUGCACCCAUCGUGAAGGAGGAGACUGGUGCUGCAGAAGGGAAUGUACCAGUUAGCGCAAUCACAUCUGUCCCGGGACAGACUGGUUGCACUGGUAACGGUGGUUGUACUGGCAUUGGUAGCGGUACUGCAAGUGUUGUGACGAGCAAAGCUGUUGAAAAUGUAGCGAGGCAGCAAGUCAUUCGUGUCAACAUGGGCUCUGACGGGAUGCUCUGUGUGACUCAGGGGACAAGGAAAUCAGGCUCGACUAACUCUGCGAAUUCUCAAACGACCACACCCGCAACAACCUUGCUACUACUACAGACCGUGAAUAACAGCAACAUGGCAACCGCCAUCCCUGUAAACGUGGUGUCUAGUAGAGAAACUGGGCUUAACACAGGGAACAAAAUACUGAACUCCAACAUGAAGUAUGCAGCUGAUGGGAAUACCGCCUCACUUAAAACAAAACCCAUUGCUAUCGCUCCCAAAACUACCAGUGACACAAAACAAAUCGGACAUACCACAAAAGUGUUUAACACGAUGUCAACGGGGACUCAAAGCGUCUUGAAGUCUUCCACGAUCAUGUCAAGUCCCCUCGCUAUCCCGAGUGUGACUUGCAUUUCACAGACAAGCAAACACCCUCCACUGACUUGCAAUCAAGCCCUUAGCACAGCGCCUUCCUCAACUCCGUCUUCUGUUGUAUGGACUUGCUCUGCUUCGACGUCAUCAAAAAUAGAAUCCAAUUCGGUCAACAUACCGUCCACUCUACCUGUAGGGCCAACCCCUAGAACCGAAAAGGCUGAGUCUGUGGGCUCGAGUAGCGGUGCAAUUGACCCCGUUGAGGCUCCUACAACGAUAGCGCCAUUAGUGCCUCGUGAGCCUCUUCCUGAAGUCGCGACAAGUGCCGAGUCCACGCGCACGGAGACGACACACAUGGACGAGACCAGCAGGAGCGCGUUUAGUGACGAGCCAGUCAUCACGGACGAGUACCCAGCACCCCACUCCUUCCUUUGUGACGGCCGUCUACUGAGGCUCCACGAGCCACAUCACCAUGGCAACGUCAAGUGUUUCGAGAAGCGGUGGAUUGAGGGCAAGCCGGUUUUAGUGAGUCACAUUGACAAGUUGCUGGACACAAACCUCUGGUCGCCAGAAUCAUUUGGCGAAGAAUUCGGAGACGAGCUUGCAGAUGUGGUGAAUUGUCGAAAUGGCGUUGUCAUUGAAAACUUUGAAGUUGGGGCAUUCUGGAAAGGAUUUGAGAGUAUUAAAGAUCGUGCUGUAGACUGCAAUAAUCAGCCCAUGCUUCUCAAACUCAAGGACUGGCCUCCCGGAGCUGAUUUUAGCGAAAAGUUACCUUCAAGAUUUAAAGACCUUAUGGAUCACAUCCCUCUACCAGACUACACAAGACGGGACGGCUCCCGUAACCUUGUAUCCAGACUCCCUGACUUCUUUGUCAAGCCUGACUUAGGACCAAAGAUGUACAACGCGUACGGCUCUGCAUCAUUUCCAAAGGAAGGCACCACGAAUUUGCACAUUGAUAUGUCAGAUGCGGUUAACGUGAUGGUGUAUGUAGGCGUGCCACGUGAUGAGGGCGCGGGCGAAAGGGAAAAGAGAGAUGCCAUUAAAGCAGUGGACAGUGCUUGUGACAAAAUCCAGCAGCAACGUGUCCGGCGCGACACUGCAAGGAUUGGAGCACUGUGGCAUAUCUACCAUGUUGAAGAUGCAGACAAGAUACGGGACCUUCUACACAAGGUGGCUAGAGAAAAGAAAAUGAAAUAUGCAGCACAUCAUGACCCUAUCCAUGACCAGUGUUUUUACCUGGAUCAUGAGAUCCGUGAGCGGCUCAAGAGAGAGUACAACGUGGAAGGGUAUGCCAUUUGCCAGUGCCUAGGUGAUGGAGUGUUUAUCCCUGCUGGUGCCCCACACCAGGUUCGCAACCUCUACAGCUGUGUAAAGAUUGCAGAAGACUUUGUAUCCCCAGAGCGUAUCGGGCAUUGCUUCAAGACUACUCAGGAGUUCCGUCACCUGUCUGACAAACACACCAAUCAUGAGGAUAAGCUUCAGGUCAAGAACAUCAUUUAUCAUGCAGUUAAAGAUGCAGUUUAUGUACUGGAGAAUUCAGUACAGGAUAUGAAGAAAGACAAGGAAGAGUCUACGAAAUCUUAAUGGAACCAGGUCCCUGCUGAUAAAUCAUAUGGCCAGAAUAUUCCAAGCUAUUUUCAAUCCUUUUGUACUAUAUGCUAGAAUUUACCAGAUAGUUGUCAUUUAUACUAGUAGGAGAAGCCCUGCUUUGAAAUUCUAGCAAACGCAUAGAGCAAUUUGUUACCUUCACUUCUAUGAUGUUAACAAUACUAUAAAAUUGUAAAUACUUUAUUGCAACCUCUGAUACAAGGGAUCAAACAUUCAAUUGUUUUCAUAAUAUUUGUGUUUAUUUUUGUAAGAGAUGUAAAUUUACAUUUUGUGUGAUAAUGUGCAGUUCUAGUUCACACCAUGUUUACAGAGUUAUUUCAAUUAAUCCAUGAAAGGGUAGAUUUCUAACCUUUUGGUAUGCAAUAAUAAGAGAAUUACUUUGUGAAUACGCCACUAGCUUAUGGAUUAACUAAAAUAGCUCUAAUUUUGAAGGAUAUUGCAUGACUUCAUACACAGUAAUUUUGUUAUUAUGGAUAAUUUAUUUAUAACCACAAUUCAAAAUCAACUGGAAAUGUGAAUAUGUAUUUACCAUGUACCUCAAGUUGAUAAAUAAUCAUAGGUGCUUUUAGUUCUUGUACAUUAACAAAAAAGAAAAUAUAUUUGUACCUUCUUUA